CAACUACUGGGUUUGACAACAGUAACACAAGCAAAAAAUGAUCUCAAAGGUGCUUUGCUUAGCCGUUCUGGUGGCCGCAGUGGCCGCCCAGUCCGACCAUGGCCACCACGAGCACCACCACGGCUACUCCUCGCAGCACAUCUCGCGCCACGACGGCAAACCAGAGAAAGUCACUGUUCAAGUAAAAGACAAACACGGACACGCUCAUGAAAUUCACGAUUACUACGCCCACCCUAAGUACGAGUUCGAGUACAAAGUGGAGGACAAGCACACCGGCGACCACAAGACCCAGCACGAGCACCGCGAUGGAGACGCCGUGAAGGGCUUCUACUCCCUGCACGAGCCUGAUGGUUCCGUCAGGGAUGUCCACUACCACAGCGACAAGCACACCGGAUUCCACGCCACUGUUAAGCACAACACCCACCACGUCGUCCCAGAGCAUCACCAUGUGCUUUGCUUAGCCGUUCUGGUGGCCGCAGUGGCCGCUCAGUCCGACCACGGCCACCACGAGCACCACCACGGCUACUCCUCGCAGCACAUCUCGCGCCACGACGGCAAACCUGAGAAAGUCACUGUUCAAGUCAAAGACAAACACGGACACGCGCAUGAAAUUCACGAUUACUACGCCCACCCUAAGUACGAGUUCGAAUACAAAGUGGAGGACAAGCACACCGGCGACCACAAGACCCAGCACGAGCACCGCGACGGAGACGCCGUGAAGGGCUUCUACUCCCUGCACGAGCCUCAUGGUUCCGUCAGGGAUGUCCACUACCACAGCGACAAGCACACCGGAUUCCACGCCACUGUCAAGCACAACACCCACCACGUCGUCCCAGAGCAUCACCAUCAUCAUCACUAA